AUGAGAAACAGCCACCCUUAUAUAUCCUCUCCUGGAAAAAAAAUAGAGGAGUAGCUUUAAAAUCCAAAAAACUAUUUAGCAGUAAGACCAUUACAAGUCGAAUACGACCACGAGAGGUUUAAGAAUAUAAAGCAUGAAUUCAAAAUAAUGGAUAAGGAUAAUAAUGGAUUUCUUUCUUAAGAAGAAAUUUUAAAUUAUCUGAAGUAUGAAAAGCAAGUUAGACAGAUUAAUAUGAAGGUUAUUUAAGAGCUAUUUGACAGUAUGGAUACUAAUUCAGAUGGUAGAGUAUCUUUAGAAGAAUUUGCACAUAACUAUAUAAGCAGGGAGUCAGAGCUAAAGAGAGAAAUAUAGCUUUAUCAAGAAUAAAUAAAUAAUUUAGAAGAUGAAAAAAACUUUAUCAUUUCUGUUAUAAAUAAUAGAUACAGGAUAAACUUGAGAUAUUUGAAGAUAAGUCUAGAGCAAGCUAAUCUCUCUUCUUUUAAAAUAUAUCAAAAGCUUUAUGAAACAGAGUCGUUUAGUGUGAAGGCUAUUGUAUUUUGUGAUAAAGUUAGAGUAGAUUAAAUGAAUGAAAUCUCAACCAAACUAUGUUAAAAUAUUACUUUUCCAGCCUGGCAUGAAACUAUUCAGUUUGAAAUAGAUAACCUACUACAAGACAAUGAAAUAGUUUAAGUUUAAAUAAAAUUUGUAAAACAAACUCACGAGAAUGAACGAAGAAUAUCAAAUGAUACAAAUUAAAUACAAUUUGCAGAAUCAAUAAUUAAAAUUACAAAUCUUAGCUAAGAAUAUCACGAAGAUUCAUGGAUUGAUGUCGUAGAUGCUAAAGAUAAAAAUAUUAAAAUAGGAGUUGUGCAUAUUAAAGUAGAUUAUAUUCCUAAUGAAUUUGAAUAUAGAAAAAAUAGAUUAGAAGAAAUUGAAUCUGAGCUUAAGGAUUUGCAGGAAUAAAAGUAAUUUAGAGAAAUGGAAUAAGAAUAUCUUAAAAGGUUAUUUGGUACGAUACAACAUAGCACUUAACAAAUUCGUAAAAGAAGUUAAAUUGAAGAAGAUGAUAAAUCUGAUUAAGAUUUCUUUAGUACAUUUGCUUUUACUAAUUAUAAAUAGAGUGCUAUAAGUGAAUUUGAUUUUCAUGAAGCAUUUAAGCUAAGAGAUUAUGGAGUUUAUGUAUUAGUCGCCUUUAAUAUUAUUCUUUGUUUAUUGGAAAGAUGUGACUUCUUAGGUCUUAUUAUUUUAUUAAGAGUAAUGCCUUUUAUUAGAAAAAAUUGGACUGAUAAAGAAAUAUAUUUUUUUGUUUACAUGAUAUCAUUUUCAGCACUGAUUGAUCUAUUUUAUUUGAUAUUUCUAAAAGACGGAUUAUCAGAAAAUGACUACUUAGGAAGAUAUGCUAUUAAUCUAUUAGGAUGGAUUAUUUCUUUGAUUUAUUUUAUUUUAAAAUGUUCGUUCGCAUCCUACUUUAUAAAAAUAUAAAAUAUAAAUUUAAGUGUAAUCUUUGGUAGAAAUAAUGAAUAAUCACAAGAAGAUAACUCUAUAAAUUUUUAACAAAAUAAUAACAAUAACAACAAUAAUAUAAAUAUUUUAAAUGGGAGUCAAUAUAAAAGUUAGUUAUAAAUACCAGAUAAUACAUAAAUGAGAAUUUAGCUCUGA